AUAAUUGAAAAAGAAAAAUUAAUUACAAGAGAAAACUAUAAGGAUAUAAAAAAUUUUGAAAAAAAAACAGAAGAAUUUUCUUAUAAUUAUACAAGUUUAAUUAUUCCAUCAGAUAUAAGUUCAGAGAACAAUUCUGAUAAAAAUGAUGAUAUCAAAGAGGUAAUAAAUUUUCACAAAGAUAAAGAAAUUGAAAUAAUUAAACAAAAGUUAGAAGAAAAAAAAAAGGAAAAAAAAAAAAAAGGUAGCGAAAAAUUAAAGGAACAGAAAUGGAACAAUAAGACAAAAUUAUAUGAAAAUAAAAAUAAUAAUCGUGAUAAAAAAGAAAAUAAAAAAAAAAGUGCUUUAGCGAAUAACAAAUUGUUAAAGAAAAAUAAAAGCAACAUAAGAGAUUUCAUUAAUUUAGAAAAAGAGAUUUUUAUUGCAAAAACGCUAAUGUACAAAAAAAAGGAAAAAAUAGAUGAUAUUUAUAAAUAUACAAGAAAAAAAGAAAAGAUAAUAAAUAAUUUGAAUAAAAAUAUGAAUAAAGAAUCAGAGAAAUUUCAACAGUCCUUAAUGGAAAAUUUUCAAAAAACGGAAGAACUAAUUAAAAGAUUUGAAGAAGUUAGUUCAAAAAAAAAAAAAAAAAAAAAUCAGGUACAAUCACUUAAUAUAGAAAUUAGUAAAUUAGAUGUUGAAUACGAAAAAAAAGAAGAAAAAAUAAAAGAACUAGAUAAGUAUAAAUUUUUUCUGAAUAAAUUAGCUAAUAGUGAUAAAUUGGAUGAAAAUUUGUUCAGUGAUAAUCAAAAUGAAAACAAAGAAGAUAACUUUUCAAAAAAAAUGGAAAAAUAUAUAAAAAAUUCUCAAUUAUUAAUAGACAACUUUAAUUUAUUAGAAGAGAAACAUUUGCAACUAAUAGAUGAUGCACAGAAUGCCGAGUAUGAAUUAGAAGAACAUGAAAAAAAAUAUGAAGAAAAAAAAAAAGCUUUUGAAAUUAAAAAUAAUGAAAUUGAUAAAAAAAUUAAAGAUGUUAAGGAUUUCAUUAAAGAUCAUAAUGAUAAAAUAUUUCAAUAUGAAAAUCUCAUUAAAAAUAAUCAAGAUCAAAUAUCAUUUAACAAUAUAAAUAAUAAAAUUGAUUAUAUUUGCACACAAUUUUGUUAUGAUAUAAAUACUGAUGAAAUAAUGAAAAAACUACAAAUACUGGAAAAUAAAAUUUAUUCAUAUAUUGCAACUCUCACAAAAUAUAUUGAGGAAAAUAGUCAACUUGUGUAUGAAUAUCAAAGGGAGAGGGAACAAGAAAGAAGAAAGCAAAUGAGAUUUGAAAUUAAUUUAGAUAGAAAAAGCAACAAUCAAAAUAAAUUAUUAAAAAACAAAAAAGUUAAUAAUAAAAAUUUUACUACAAACCUUAAAGAAAAAAAAGAAAAGCGCGAAAAUAUAUAUAUGAAGUUUGAAAAGGAUUUAUUUAAAUAA